AUGCAGAAGAACAGCAACGCCAAAUCUGCUGGAAAUGAGCAGGCGCGUCAUCCUGGGAGGGAGGAGGUGGCUGUGACGGGCGAAAAGGAAGCCGUGACGGGAGAAGAGAAAGCCGUGACGGGAGAAGGGGAAGCGGAGCAGCAGGUGGUGGCUGACGCUGCCGUCGCUAUCUCGCCCUUGCAACCGUCCUUGUUGGAAGCCGACUCGGCACCUGUACCCAUGCAAUCAUCCAACCCCCAGCCAGCCUCUCCAGAGAUACAUGCUCAACCUGCCAUCUCACCCAAAGAACCCGAAGAGCUCACCAAGCUGCCCACACCCGUGUCUUCUGUCGACCAAACCAAGUUUGAGGAUGGCGGGAGCAACCUAGAGGUCGACAUGAUUACUCCGACCACUUCUCCGGGACAACAGUCGAACAGAAGGGGUAUUGAUGAUGAUAUGGGCAAUGAGCAGUAUACCACCGUCGUCAAGCCCCGAAGUACUCGUGAAAAUCCCAAGCUUGAAAAGCCCCAAUCGGUAUACCAAGGCAGACCACUCCCACCUCACCAAGUGCGCUCCUCCGAGGACACUACGGACCCGAACUAUGAUUAUCGAUUCUCCCUACGUGAUACCAUGGGUGCCACUUCUCUCAAGAACAACAAGGCAGAGACGGUCUGUAGAUCGUGCAACAAGCAGUUUAAAAGCCUCAGCGCACUGCAAAUGCACCAUAAAUCAGUUCACUCUUUACCUUCCAAACCUGUACAGCGCAGAAUGUCAAACACUCCAGCCCGCGUCAUCCAAACUCCUCCAAUUGUCGCGCCUUUUGCGACAGAAAAGGCCAUCUCUCUCGACGACGGAUUCGAGCCCCAGAAUAUGUGCGACGUGUGCCAGGCAGACUUUACGAACAUCACUACCCUGCGCCAGCACAAACAGGAGAAGCACAGUUGGGCAGUAUUGUGUCCCGAGUGCUUGAUGUUCUUCAACCAAGCUCAAGAGGCCACCGACCACUACCAACUCAUUCAUGGCAUCGCUCCUACAAGUCUGCUCAAGACUCAGCGCAUGCUCGAUACCCUCAAGAAACCUGCGCCUAACCCGGACCCUAUCCGUUACCCGCCACUUGCGCCUGUGCCCCCGAAAAAGCGUGAAUACCAGAUUUUGGCGAGUUAUGAUAGCCAUAUCAUAAGAAAGGAACACCAUUGUUCUCAGUGCGAAAUGGUAUUCUCGGACGCCUCGGAACUGGAUGAGCAUGCCAACAGCCCCUACUCGCACGGCGGCGUAAAGACUCACUCCUGA